UAAUCUAUUCUGCGCUCUAAUGAGAUUACACAGCCGGCGCGGCACCUUUCUUUGAACACAUCCUCCCCUGUCGCUCCUCCAGACGUGGAAAUGGCGCUCGUGAUGCUGAAGACGCGCGAGCCGCCGCCAGCGGAGACCUUUGAGCGCGCGCGCUCACCUGCGCCGCUUUCGUGCCGCGCGGCUGCCCACGAGUGAACUAAUAGUAGUAGCUGAAAUUAGUAGUAGUAGUAAUAGGCGGACAAAAUGAAGUACCAGAAAUAUAUCACAGUGAUGCAGAUGGCCAUGGGAGUGACAGCCUCCAACAAAGACUGCCUCCCCGCCAAGAGACAGCUCUGGGUCACCCCAUCAGAUGAAGAAACACCCACCUCAGAUUGUCCUGUCGGUGCCACGAGUGGGGUUGGUGCCAUGCCAGUGCCCUCAGCAUCUACUCUGUCAUUGCCUAUGACCCAGGGAAAACCUUCUCUGUGCCGCAUUAAAGGUCGCAUUCACCGCAGCAAGAGCCUGGAUAGCAUUGACGUGCUCGACUCCAAUAGUGCCACGAUGGAGGAAACUGUGAUAUGGGAACAACAUACAGUGACCCUUCACAGGGCUCCUGGAUUUGGCUUCGGCAUUGCUAUCUCAGGUGGGCGGGACAACCCUCAUUUCCAGAGUGGAGAGACAUCCAUUGUUAUAUCUGAUGUGUUGAAAGGAGGUCCUGCUGAGGGUCUACUGCAAGAAAAUGAUCGUGUUGUGAUGGUCAAUGCUGUCUCUAUGGACAACGUGGAACAUGCCUAUGCUGUGCAGCAGUUGCGCAAGAGUGGUAAAAAUGCAAAGAUUACUAUUCGGAGAAAAAGGAAAGUGCAGAUCCCCGUGUCUCGGCCAGGCGAUAGGGAGACCAUGUCAGAGCAUGAGGAAGACAGUGAUGAGGAAGAUGGCUAUGAGCACCAUAGCGGGCACGGUGGCCUAAGUGCCUACGGAGGAGCAAGUGGCGGCACAGGCAGACGCAGCAACAGCAACAGGCGGGAUAACAGUACACCGCGGGAAAGGAGUAUCUCACCACGCUCUGAUCGACGCUCACAAUCCUCAUCAGCUCCAGCCAGGCCUGCUAAGGUCACGCUUGUUAAAUCCCGCAAAAAUGAAGAAUAUGGAUUGCGGUUAGCGAGCCACAUCUUUGUCAAGGAUAUUUCUCCAGAGAGCCUUGCUGCUAGAGAUGGAAACAUCCAAGAAGGAGAUGUUGUGCUUAAGAUCAAUGGCACUGUUACGGAGAACCUAUCACUGAUUGAUGCCAAGAAGCUGAUUGAGAGGUCAAAGGGCAAGCUGAAGAUGGUCGUGCAGAGGGAUGAACGAGCCACACUGCUCAACAUUCCUGAUCUUGAUGACAGCAUUCCCUCAGCUAAUAACUCUGACAGAGACGACAUUUCAGAAAUACAUUCACUGACAUCAGACCAUUCUGUUCCGUCCCAUGGGCGAGGUAGUCAAACACGUUCACCAGAGAGGCCCGAGUCAUCAGAUCAUCUCCGUCUCUCACCUCGUCAGAUCAGCAACGGCAGCCAUCGAAGUCGAGAUGAAGAUCGUAUGUCCAAACCAAUGCCUGUGCCCUCAAUCAAAGCAUCUGAUGAUGGUGCGUUAUCACAGGCCAGUGACCAGGCGAGCUCCAGAGAUGACUCACAGUUGCCUCCCUUGCCUGAACCAAAGCCUGUUUAUGCACAGCCUGGUCAGCCGGAUGUGGAUCUGCCAGUCAGCCCCUCUGACGCCCCUGUGCCUACCGCCGCUCAUGAUGACAGUAUCCUCAGGCCAAGCAUGAAGCUGGUCAAGUUCAAGAAAGGAGACAGCGUUGGUUUGCGGUUAGCAGGUGGAAACGAUGUGGGCAUUUUUGUAGCAGGAGUUUUGGAAGAGAGUCCGGCAGCCAAGGAGGGGCUAGAGGAGGGAGACCAGAUUCUCAGGGUGAACAAUGUGGACUUUGCUAAUAUUAUCCGGGAAGAGGCUGUUCUGUUUCUGCUUGAUCUUCCAAGAGGAGAUGAAGUUACUAUUCUGGCUCAAAAGAAGAAGGAUGUGUAUCGGAGGAUAGUGGAAUCAGAUGUGGGUGACUCCUUUUACAUUCGGACCCAUUUUGAAUAUGAAAAAGAAUCACCAUAUGGGUUGAGCUUCAAUAAAGGAGAAGUCUUCCGUGUGGUUGACACUCUCUACAAUGGAAAAUUAGGCUCCUGGUUGGCUAUCCGUAUUGGCAAAAACCAUCAGGAAGUGGAAAGAGGCAUCAUCCCGAAUAAGAACAGAGCCGAGCAGCUAUCCAGUGUGCAGUACACCCUUCCCAAAACACCAGGGGGUGAUAGGGCCGACUUCUGGAGAUUCCGUGGAUUGCGAAGUUCAAAGAGGAAUUUGCGCAAGAGCAGGGAGGACUUGUCAGCCCAGCCCGUUCAGACCAAGUUCCCUGCCUAUGAGAGAGUUGUGUUGAGGGAAGCUGGGUUCCUGAGGCCUGUCGUUAUCUUUGGGCCAAUAGCAGAUGUGGCAAGAGAGAAAUUGGCCAGGGAGGAGCCAGACAUUUUCGAGCUUGCAAAAACACAACAACAACAAGGAGGGGAAAAGAGUGAACCCAGGGAUGCAGGAACUGACCAGAAAAGCUCCGGCAUUAUUCGCCUGCACACCAUUAAACAGAUCAUCGAUCACGACAAGCAUGCGGUGCUGGACAUUACCCCUAAUGCAGUGGACCGUCUGAACUACGCUCAGUGGUAUCCCAUUGUGGUAUUUCUCAACCCAGACACCAAGCAGGGUGUCAAGAACAUGAGGACUCGACUCUGUCCUGAGUCUAGGAAGAGUGCCAGGAAGCUGUAUGAACGAGCCCUCAAAUUAAGGAAGCAUAAUCACCACCUCUUUACCACAACCAUUAACUUGAACAGCAUGAAUGACGGUUGGUUUGGAGCUCUGAAGGAGAUAAUCCAGCAGCAGCAGAACCAGUUGGUGUGGGUUUCAGAGGGCAAGGCUGACGGGGCAGCUGAGGAUGACUUGGACAUCCACGAUGACCGCCUGUCUUACCUGUCGGCACCAGGCAGCGAGUAUUCCAUGUAUAGCACUGACAGCCGCCACACGUCUGACUACGAGGACACAGACACAGAGGGCGGAGCCUAUACUGACCAGGAGCUUGAUGAAACACUGAACGAUGACGUUGGUCCACCCACAGAGCCUGCCAUCACCCGCUCCUCUGAGCCUGUCCGUGAGGAUCCACCUGUCAUACAGACGCCCCCUGGUUACGCUGUCUACCAGCACACAGUGCAGCCGGACCCCUUGAACCGGAUCGAUCCAGCAGGGUUCAAGGCACCAGCGCCGCAGCAGAAAACAGAGGCCGCAGUCAUCCCUAGCAUCCCCCAGCAGCCUGAAACAGUGCCCCAUGCCGUCGACGUUUCUGUAAAAUCUGUAGGGGGUCUGAGCCCUGAUGAGGCGCCUGCAACUACACUCAGGCAGCCAAGCCCCAACCCUGAGGCUGGCUUACUUAAGAGGCCCACUCCUGAGCUAGCCCCUCAGAGCACCACACCAGAACCCCUACAGCCUGGACUGGCCAGUUCAGAACCAAAGCAGAUGUAUCCGAAGGAUCCAUACAACACAAACAACACUGGAAGGCUGGGUCAGGGCAUGAAGCCUGUGACUUACAACCCUCAGCAAGGACAUCGUGCUGACCAGCAGCCAUACAGAGAUUAUGACCACCCGCCCAGUCGGUAUGAUGCCAGCAGUGGAAGUGGAUUCGCAGAACCAAAGUACCAUAAUUAUGAUGCCCAUCUGCCAUAUGAGAACAAUGUGCCUCACUAUGACCAGCAGCCGUGGAACCCUUACAGUCAGCCACACUCUAACAGCAACCAGAACUACGAGCCUCAUUCGCCAUAUGGUGACAGCCCCGACCAUCCAUAUAAUCCUCCUCAUCGCCACGAUGAACCCCCACCUCAACACGGAUUUGAUGGAAGGCCUCGAUAUGGUAAACCAACACCUCCAGCUCCUGUCCGUUAUGAUGAGCCCCCACCACCUGUUCCUAUGCACAAUGUACACUACGACCAGGACUCGCGCUCACCGUACCUCCCAGCUACUCGCUCGCCAGACCCUGCUGCCCAGCAGCCAGUUUACAAUCAUGGACCCCCACCACAACAAAAAGGCUUCAAGUCUCAACAGCGUGACUCCCCUUCCUUGAAAUCUGAAACCAACCCAACACCACCUCCCAAAGCAGAGGCACCCUUACCUUCCCCUGGGGACACAUUCAGACAGGUCCCUGCCAGAGUGGCACAACAGGAGGAUGACCCAGCUAUGCAGCCACAGUCAGUUCUAACAAGGGUCAAGAUGUUUGAGAACAAACGGUCUGUGUCCAUGGACCGAGCGAGAGACACAGGGGAUACAUCUGCCAACAGGGCAGCUGAUGUACAACUGAAGUCAGGUGGAGGAAUUCCCAAAGCUAACUCCAUGAGCAACUUGGACCAAGAGAAGACCUUCAAGGCCCCAGAGCCCCAGAAGCCCCAUUUGAAUGUGGCUGAGGACAUUGUACGUUCCAACCACUACGACCCUGAUGAGGAUGAGGAUUACUACAGGAAACAGCUGUCUUACUUUGACAGAAUCCAGACGGGCCCUAACAAACCACAAGCACAACCUACGCACAACUUCCCAAGGAUGGACUCAGUGGUGAAACCAGGUUCAGUGGAGAAAAGAUAUGAACCUGUACCUCAGGUUACUCCUUCUCUGCCACCAUCCACACUGCCCAAACCAACCUCACCUGAAGGCAAGACUUCUGUUCGAGAAGACACUGUCCAGACCAGCUUCUUGCCACAUAAGAGUUUUCCUGAGAAGUCUCCAGUUAAUGGCACAAGUGAACAGCCUCCGAAAACAGUUGGCAUUUCUAGGCCUCCACCAGCAUCCAGCUACAACCGUUUCACGCCCAAGCCCUACACCACCUCUGCCAGGCCUUUUGAGCGCAAAUUUGAUAGCCCUAAAUUCAACCACAACCUUCUGCCAAAUGACAAACCCGAGAUGGCUCCUAAGGGCCAGAGUUCAAGCCCAGUGAAGCCUCAAAUUCCCUCGCAGAUCCAGAACAUGGACCAUGACAGUGGCCUGGACACUUUCACACGCACAGUUGAGGAUCAUUCCAAAUACCAGCACAAUGUCAAUGCUGUUCCCAAAGCCAUCCCAGUGAGCCCCAGUGCCCUUGAUGAUGAAGAUGAUGACGAUGAGGGCCACACAGUGGUUGCAACUGCACGAGGCAUCUUCAACUGCAACGGUGGUGUCUUGAGUUCCAUUGAAACAGGAGUCAGCAUUAUCAUUCCACAGGGUGCCAUCCCCGAAGGCGUGGAGCAGGAGAUUUACUUCAAGGUUUGCAGAGACAACAGCAUCCUGCCACCGCUCGACAAGGAGAAAGGAGAGACUCUGCUCAGUCCUUUGGUGAUGUGUGGACCUCAUGGCCUCAAGUUUUUGAAGCCUGUGGAGCUGCGCUUACCUCACUGUGCGUCAAUGACUCCUGAUGGUUGGUCUUUUGCUCUAAAAUCCUCCGACUCCUCGUCGGGUGACCCCAAAAACUGGCAGAACAAGUCUCUCCCUGGAGAUCCCAAUUACCUGGUGGGAGCCAACUGUGUUUCUGUGCUGAUUGACCACUUUUAAGGUGUCACUGAAUGUGGGAACACAACGACAAAAUGAAGACGAUGGACUCGCACCUUCUCACACAGUUUAAUAGGCGUGGACCCUCUGUACAAUUAAGUAUGAAGAUCGGUCAGCACCGUUUACUUAUGAAGGCAAGACUCUGCUGAUGCUUUUGGUUACAAGCUGCCCUUUAAUAAAAUCCGUUGAUACAUGCUGACUGACGCAUGAUAUAAAAGACCACGUUCAAUAUCAUUCUGACGCAGAAAUACACAGACUAAUGACAUCCUUCAAAAAUCUGUCUGGGUAUAUUUGUGUUCUAUUAAAAACACUAUAUAUUGUUGAAGAAGAGGCUUUUUUUUUCCAGUUAACAUUUAUGCAUGAAUUCAGUUACCAGUUUGCAUCUGUAUUUUUUUUUUCUUUUCACUUGAGAUGACUGAAUAUAAAUGUGUAUUGAAGGAAUGCUUAUUUGAAGAAUUGAGUAACCAAAAGCCAGUGACGGUUGUUGAAGGUUUGAAAAUAACGUGAGCAGCUGGACAUGAACCCCGUCCGCUCCCUCGGUCUUUCCUUUUCCUGUGGUAGUGGCUUGUUAAUCUUUUUUUUUCUUGCGGAGCGUGGCUUCUCGCUCUGUUUCCAGCCUGAGGGAGACCUAUGUGUUCUUUACUCAGGUCAAGUAGCCUCCUUAGCUCCUUCCUCACCACUCUCUCACUUAUUCUCUGUUCCAGCUGUGCACUCUUCCACUCACAAAAAGCAGUGAUGCCUUACCUGCAAAUUAUUCACUUUUCAUAAAAAAAAAGCUAUGAUAAAUUAUGCUUUGUCAUUUGUUUUGCCAUGUUUUGAACCCACUGUAUAAAUGAACUUGGGUUUAGCACACAAUAACAGCUGAUAGAGUGACAAAGGUAAGCUCUUCUUUUAUCUGCUAUGCAUUGCUGAAAAAAAAAUUGCUGUAAAUAAAGGUAGCAUAUCGCCUUGUUUUUUUUUUGUUUUUUUGUAAAAGAACUUUUUGUAUGUCUGUUUUUUGUAUAAAACUUACAGAAAACGUUUUAAAAAGUGGAAGAAAGUGAGUGGUAUUUGUAUUCUGGACAAACCCUCGAGCCUUGGAACUUGUCACUCAUCAGUAAUACUUCAUAGUUUGUUUUUAAACCAAACGUACACACGCUGUUGUAGCCACAGAAGAUAUUUUUGUGGGUGCUCUGGACCAGGAAAGACAUUGGCUUAAAUUACAUUUAAAACGUGUUUCUAAAGGGUGUGCUCUGAAAGCAUCCCCCUCUUUGAUUUGUGAUACUGGAUGCUGUAUUGUGUGCCCUUAAAUGUAUUUUUGUACUAAUAGACAAUAUAUUAUGUAUGGCACCAGUACCAUUUUAUUUUUAGAUAUAACACAGCUUUAAUGGAAUAUUAGCUCUUCACGUGUGUCUGACUUUUUUCUUCUGCAACACAUUUUUAAGUAUACCACUGUAUUAAUAAAUAAAAUCAUUUUCAAAGUAAA